UCAAUAAUAAUUUCAGUUAAUACGGAGAUCCAUCAAUUUUCAAUUAGAGAUUUGUUUUCAAAUUUCAACCGUGAUGCCAAGUAUCUUUUUAGUUUUUUUCAUUCAUUAAAUUCGUGUUUCAUUUUUUAAAUUCGUAAUACACAGUUGUUUAGCAAGAUGAUGAAAAGCGUGGGAUAUGAAAAAUUUCUGAAAGAACGUUAUACUAAAGAAGAUGAAUAUUUCCAAGUAUAUGAUACAUAUACGCCAAAUUAUAAUAGACAAAUUAUCACGAAUAAAUUUUACUCCAAGUAUGAAGUGAUUGAUUUGUCUAAAGCUGAUCCAAUAAUCGUAAAAAACAUAAACAGAGCUAAGGAAAGUACUCCUAAGGACAGAAAACCAUAUGCUGAAACUGUAAACCAAAGUUAUGGAUGGUUUUCAGAACCCCUUGUGCCUUUUGAUAGAAAAGAUCCCAGAUUUUACAUUCCGCGUACAGAGGCCCCAUUCAUUACACAAGAAAUCAGAAUUAAAAAUGAUGUUUGUAGUAAAAGAGUAGUCGGAUCCACUUCAAUGAAACUCUAAGUCAUUGUGCAUAAAUUAUUGAAUAUAUUAUAUUGGUAUCCUUCAUUAAAAUUAAGAUAAACACCA